AGCUGGGGUGGUGCUUUUGCGGCAGUCGUAAGUGAGUGCUCGCGACAGCCGCUGGAGUCGGACUGGAGGGAGCAGGGGGCCUGGCUUUGUCUAACAGCCAGUUCCAACUGUGCCAUGCGGCCGCAGCAGGCACCUGUUUCUGGUAAAGUCUUUGUCCAGCGAGACUACAGUAGUGGCACCAGGUGCCAGUUCCAGACCAAGUUCCCCCUGGAGCUGGAGAACAGGAUUGAUAGGCAGCAGUUUGAAGAGACGGUUCAAACUCUAAAUAACCUUUAUGCAGAAGCUGAGAAGCUUGGGGGCCAAUCUUAUCUUGAAGGAUGUCUGGCCUGUCUGACUGCCUAUACUAUCUUUUUGUGUAUGGAGACACAUUAUGAAAAGGUUCUUAAGAAAAUUGCCAAAUUCAUUCAGGAACAGAAUGAGAAGAUCUACGCACCCCAGGGCCUCCUCCUGACGGACCCCAUCGAGAGAGGACUAAGAGUUAUUGAAAUUACCAUUUACGAAGACAGAGGACUGAGCAGUGGAAGAUAAAACUAAGGAGUCUAAGCACCCAGCUAGGUGGUGGACUUGCUGUACCAAAAGGUUCACCUACCUCCUGUCUAGAGCAUCAUUCCUCUCCGUUGCCAGAUCCAUGGUGCAAUCCACUAAAGGACUAACUUCCUAGACUUCUGCUCCACAUGGGGUGAACCUCUGGCUGGUCAGCAUCCAUUUUGUGUCCUUAUGACAAGCUUUAAGUGAUGGGAUCAUCUUAAUUUCCAAGGAAAAGGCAGUUGAGCUGUUUGCACUUGAAAUUAACUGGCAGAUCAGCCACCUGAGAGCAGUACUGUUCCUCCACAGCCACUCAGGCUUUCCUAUACAUCAAACAGAC